CUCUCCUCCUCCGCCUCCUCCCCUCGCAGACCGGGAGCCGCUUCCCGCUGCCCGCCCUCCUCCUCCCUCCCCCCGCGCGCGGCGGGCUCACUAUGUGGCAGCAGCAGCAGCAACAGCCGCCGCCGCCACCGCCGCCGCCGCCGCCCUCCUCCUCCUCGUCGUCGUCGUCGUGCUCCUCCUCCUCCUCCUCCCCGUCGCCGCCUCCUCAGCCGCAGCCGGCCGGAUCCCCGAUGGAGGCCGAGCGGGUGGCGGCGCGGGCCCAGCAGCUGCACCAGCAGGCGCUGGCCGCGGCGGCGGGAGACCAGCCGCCUCAGCCGCCCCCUCCGCCGCCGCCUCAGCAAGGCACGGCGGCAGCGGCGGCCUCUCAGGGCGGCCCCGGCCGCGGCGAGCUGAGCCUGCCGGGCAUCCUGCACUUCAUCCAGCACGAGUGGGCGCGCUUCGAGGCCGAGAAGAGCCGCUGGGAGGCCGAGAGGGCCGAGCUGCAGGCGCAAGUGGCCUUUCUUCAGGGGGAAAGGAAGGGCCAAGAGAACCUCAAGACAGAUCUUGUACGGAGGAUAAAGAUGCUGGAAUACGCUUUGAAGCAGGAGAGGUCAAAGUACCACAAGCUGAAAUUUGGCACUGAACUGAACCAGGGGGAAAAGAAACCAGAUAUGUCAGAACCAGUCUCCAAUGGGCCGGCGGAACCCAUCUCCUUGGAGAGCAACCAGUUCAUGUGGAAGGAAGGGCGCCAACUCCUCCGCCAGUACCUGGAGGAAGUGGGCUACACGGACACCAUCCUAGACAUGCGAUCCAAGCGAGUCCGCUCCCUGCUCGGCCGCUGCUCCAUGGAACUGAACGGUGCUGCCGAGCCCAGCGGCCUGGGGACUGGGCCUGCACCGGGACCCGCUGGGCUGAAUGGGGGCGAGUCCCUUCUCGUCAAGCAGAUAGAGGAACAGAUCAAAAGGAAUGCCGGGAAGGAGGCAAAGGACCGGACCGGCGGCUCCAUGAUGGAGAAGAUUCCCUUCUUGCAGGGCUGCGAGGAAGAAGACGACAGCGAUGAGGAGAAGGACUUGGAAAGCCUGCCCCUGGAGACGCAGCGGCAACACAAGAAGCAGCGAGUAAAGCUCACCAACAAGCCCCUGAUGCCAGAAGUGGAGGAUGAAGACGACGACGAGGACUCCGAGGAUGCACUGAGCGAGUUCGACUUCCUCGGCUCGGGGGAGAACGGCGAGGGGUCCGGGGACAUGCGGCGAGCUGGAGAUGGCAAUGAACUUGAAAGCCGCCGGGUGAAGCUGCAGGGCAUGCUAGCCGACCUCCAAGAUGUGGAUGGGCUUCCCCCGAAACCUUCCAUGCCGGCAGCCAUCUCCAGUCAACCCAGAUCUCACGAAGGUUCCCUGGGCUUCUCCUCGGAUGUUUUUAUUAUGGACACCAUUGGCGGAGGAGAGGUCAGCCUGGGAGACCUCGCGGACCUGACCGUCACCAACGACAAUGAGCUAAGCUGCGAUCUCUCGGACAGCAAAGAUGCCUUUAAGAAGACGUGGAACCCCAAGUUCACCCUACGGAGUCACUACGAUGGCAUCCGGGCCUUGGUCUUCCAUCACUCCGAGUCCGCGCUGGUCACCGCCUCGGAGGACGGCACGCUGAAGCUGUGGAACCUCCAGAAGACGGUGGCCGCCAAAAAGAAUGCAGCGCUCGACGUGGAGCCAGUCUAUGCAUUCAGGGCACACAGGGGCCCGGUGCUUUCUGUUGCCAUGGGCUGCAACAGUGAAUACUGCUACAGUGGAGGCGCAGACACGAGGAUCCGUUGCUGGAGGAUCCCGGAACUUGGCAUGGACCCCUACGAUGGCUAUGACCCAAGUGUGCUCGGCAACGUCUUGGACGGACACACAGACGCCGUUUGGGGCCUGGCCUUCAGCCCCUCGAAGAACCGCCUGGCUUCGUGCUCUGCAGAUGGCACGGUGAGGAUAUGGGACCCCAGCAGCAGCAGCAACUCCUCCUGCCUCAGCACCUACACUGCGGACAGUGAGAACGGAAUCCCUACCUCCAUCACCUUCUCCGGUACUGACCCUGCACACGUCGUGGCAGCCUUCCAGACAGGAUGCACGGUUCUCUAUGAUGUGGAAGCCAACUGCUCUGUCUUGACCCUGGAAUCCAGGCCAGCCAGCGGAUCCAGUCAGAUCAACCAAGUUGUGAGCCACCCAACCCAGCCGAUCACUAUCACAGCCCAUGACGACCGAGGGAUCCGCUUCCUGGACAAUCGCACAGGGAAAGCUGUGCACUCCAUGGUGGCACACCUGGACGCUGUUACCUGUCUCGCUGUAGAUCCCAACGGAGUGUUCCUUAUAUCAGGAAGCCAUGACUGCUCCCUCCGGCUGUGGAACCUCGACAACAAGACCUGCACGCAGGAGAUCACAGCUCACCGCAAGAAGCACGAAGAGGCCAUCCACGACGUGGCCUUCCAUCCCAGCAAGGCCCUGAUUGCCAGCGCUGGGGCCGAUGCCCUUGCCAAGGUCUUUGUAUGAAAAGAGGGCGGGGCCUACAGUGCCUCUCUCUUUCUUUCCCACCCCAACAGGUGCGUCCCCAGGAGCCCCCUCUUUUCUCGUCUCCCUUGUCCCUUCUUUCUUUCUCUGGCCCAGCCAGUGGUGCUAACAACUCUUCUCUUCGCCACGGGCCCCUCCUGCCAUCCCCACCCAAGCUCAGGACUGACCCCUGCUGGACAGCGGUGGCCGGGGCAUUGCAACUGGGGGAAGAGGCAGCUGCUUCCCUGACCUUGGGACUCACCUUCACCAGCACUGAAACAGUUUUCCCGCUCCUUUCAA